ACCCCAACUUUGGUAGAUGGUGGUGAAUUGAUACAGCGGACAAGUCCUACACGAAUUCGUCCUGGAAUCCACUGCCAACCAUGUACAAUCGUACAAAAUGCCACAAUGCCCAGAGAUCUCAUUAACUGAGUGUUGUACUGAGUACCAUAACACCUUGUUUCGUGUCGGCGGCGACUCAACCUACUCGCCAUAUGUUCACGAGCAGAUCCAUCCGUCUAAUUAAUCUUCCUCGCCGAAUAUCCUCAUCUACACCCCUGGAAGUAAAGUGGAAGUUCCACCCAGGUCCUCGACUCGGAAUUCAGUCUAGAAACAUGGCGACCAACGGCGUCCAAACCAAUGGUGUCAACGGCACGAGUAUCAAGCACGACUUUUCAACACUCAAAGUCAAUCAGUCGCGGCUCCUCGACGCCAUUCACACAGGGUGCAAGUUCGGAGCAGACCAUCGAUAUGGCGACCAUCCAACAGAAACCGGCAUGGCACGACUCAGUCUCAACGAUGCCGACAAGCAAGUUCGCGAUUGGUUUACCGCCACGGCAAAGGCUUUGAACUGCGUCGUCACUGUUGAUCAGAUGGGAAAUCAAUUCGCCGUGCGUGCAGGAAAGAAUGCCUCCGCUCCUCCUAUCAUGAUGGGCUCACACUUGGACACCCAACCCACCGGUGGACGUUAUGAUGGAAUCCUCGGCGUCAACUCGGGCUUGGAGGUUCUCAAGGUACUACACGAGAACAACUGGGACACCGAAGGCAGUGUCGGUGUUGUCAACUGGACCAACGAAGAGGGUGCACGGUUUCCUAUGAUGGCUGUCUCCUCAGGCGUCUGGGCUGAUGUUGUUCCUCUUGAGACGGCCUGGAACUUGGCUGAGGUUUCACCUGGCGAAGAUGGCCAGCAUAAGACGAUGAAGCAGGAGCUCGAGAGGAUUGGAUAUCUGGGUCCUCAACCAGCCUCGUACAAGGCUUUUCCCAUGGCAGCUCAUUUCGAGGUGCACAUUGAGCAAGGUCCCAUCUUGGAAACAGAGAAGCGACGGGUGGGUGUGGUCAAGGGUGUCCAGGCCUUUAAAUGGUUCGAGAUCACGGUCAAAGGACGCGACUCCCACGCUGGAACCACGCCGUUCAGCGCCCGCAUGGAUUCCAUGUUGUGCGCAGCCAAGUUGAUUGUCGAAUCUAACGCCAUCGCCAAAAGGCACAAUGGCUUGUCCACCACCGGCAUCCUCACUGGCCAACCAGGCUCAGUCAACACCAUGGCGCAUACCGUCACCUUCACACUCGACAUUCGACACACGGCCGACGACAAGCUGGCUGAGAUUGAAAAGGAGUGUCGUGUACAUUUUGCCCGAAUUGCGGAAAAGGAAUGUGAAAAGGGCUGCACAGUGGCCUGGAAAGAACUGGUCGACAGUCCAGCCGUCAACUUCCAUGCUGAUUGUAUUGCCGCUGUCGAGGCUAGUACUAAGGAAGUCUGUCAAGCUCUGCCCUCGACGUCCGACGAUGGUCAAUUGUGGAAAUACAUGAUCAGCGGAGCUGGCCACGACAGUUGUUAUACGAAUCGCCGCUGUCCGACAAGUAUGAUAUUCACCCAAACAAAAGACGGUAUUAGUCACAACCCUCAAGAGUAUUGUAGUCCCGAGGACUGUGCUAUAGGAGCCCAGGUUUUGCUGGGAGCCGUUUUAAGAUAUGACAAGCUCCGAGCCGAGCGAGGAGAUUUCUCGUGACCUCGCUCUAUCACCCUUUCCCAGGUAUCUCUUUCGCAGCGCUUCUUGGCGACAUCGUAUCAGAAAUCCGGUCGCGAUCAAUGCGACAAGUAGGUCCGUGUCAGAGUGGUGUGGCAGGCCGUAUGCUACAGAUGAGGCAUGCGGAAAAUGUCGUGGGUGGAUAGUGGUUGUCCACAUAUGCAGCAACGCCAUGCCGCUUAAUAUCUGGCCCAAUUAGCGUCGACGUUGAUCGAAUGAAUGCCUUUGGCCCUUCACAAAAUACCUUGAAUAAAAUCUUGUAACCAUGUUGUUCAAGUCAAACAUUGACAUGUCGUUCGUGACGGGAUUCAU